UUUUAUUGCAAUCUGUUCAAUGUAGAAUAUUAUUUCAGGACAAAGGAGAGUUAUGAGAAGCACAUAGAGACGUGUACUUUCGAAGUUGAUAGUUCAAGCACUUCUGAAGAUGAUGAAGAUGACUAUGAAGAUAUCCAGUCUGAUGUAGAUGAAGACCAAGAUAGUGAACUUACUCAGCCAAGUGAUAAAACACAAGUAAAUCCAGGCUCCUCCAUAAUGUCAUCUAUGGAAACCACUGCACAAAUGUCAUCAGUGGCUCCACACGAAAUUCCUUCUAUGCAUGUUUCGACACAAGAGUCGGCAGCAAGCAAUGAAUUAUCUAUGAUUGGAAAUCUAAUUAGCCAUGUAGAACAUCAGUGUAUGACUGAAGACCCAGCUCAUCAUACUCACGAAUCCAAAAAUACAACUUCAUUAGAGUUUGCAGGUAAUGUAAAAAAUGGAAUGGAAGAGCCUGCAGUAAAGAAGCAAAGAUUAGAUGCGACAUUGCCGCGUCAACCUGGUGUUCAUAGGCAGGUAAGGACAGCAAUCAAAAAGUGUCCAAGUAGCAUUGAGGAUGUGGAACUAUUGCAAGUGGUGCGGGGACCUCCUCCCCCUGGCACUGAUGUCUUUGUGCCUCCUCCAGUAUCUCCUGUUAAAUUUAGCCCUAUAGUUAAGAAAAGUGCUAGCCCAAGGCGUUACACAAAUAUUCGUCUCAUGCGAGGGAGUCGUGGGUACCAGUAUCGCCGUGCUGCUCCACACAUACCGGCUCAAGAACAUUACCAAGGUGCAAAUUCAGGCAUACCAAUGGCACCACCUGCAGCCCCAGCUCCAAUCCAAGUGACCAUGCAUACCAUGGCUAGCACUUCAGGGCAGAUACUCGCCCAGGGAGCACCUGCUUCUUUUCAACAGUUUGGUGGCCAGUCAUCUCCAUAUCCUACUGCUGCUCAGCUGGCCUCUCCUGUUAGUCACCUGAGCCCUGCUCUACAGGUGGCACCACAGGUGACUUCCCAAGUAGCUCCUCAGGUGUCACCUCAGGUGAGUCCUCAGGUACUGACUGUGGUUUCUGCACCCUCUGUUGCCGUCCCACAGGGCUACACACUGCAGUAUGUUGGCAGCUUCCGCGAUGGUGAAAUGACUUCAGGUGGUGGUGGUCUAGUGACCUACCCCACUGCACCAGUGGUAGUUCCACAACCACAGUUGGUGGUGACUCCUCAGCAAAGCUCUAUGGUUGUACCACAAGUUGUUAACACCAACAUAACGUAUUCUUUCACUGCUCCAGAAACACUAGUUAUAAAUUCACCUGCUAUGGUACCUGGAAUGCAGUCAGUUCAGUAUUUACCUCAGCAACAACAACAUCACCAUCAUCACCACCACCAUCAGCAACAACCAGUGAUGCAUCACACAGACCAACAGGUCAGCUCUGUUAUGCAAUACAGCCAGACAGGAGUCUCCCCGCAGCACACCCAAGUGCCUGUUUCACAUAUUCACACUGGGCAAGUGCAUACACCAUGUAUCCAGUUCUCAGAACUUCAGACUGGUCAGGUGUGUAUGCAGCAGCAUCACCCUCAGCCACAGCCACCUAUAAGUUCAAGGGAGUUAACAUUUAGUAGUAGUAGCCCUAAACAGCUGCAUACUCCAGAGUGUAUUGUGAAUUCCCCAAGUAGAGGAAAUCUCGAUAUGUCGUCUCUAAGCCUACCAGCUCCUCCUACUGUCAGUACCUGCUCUGUCCCAAUUCCUCGCCAACGCCCCCAAGCAUCUGUAGCACCGCAAAUAAUUCGCCCACAACCAAUUCAUACAUCAACAACAACUGAGAGUAGCCUCAUGGAUGCCCAAAAUCAUUCCCGUUUACCAUUUGCGGAUAGGCCAUUAGUUGGUGGAGUGAGAACAGUGGCUACUGUUGCACCAGCGGUCAUCACCACUUCUGUGGUUUCAGUCACUACAUGCAGUUCAGCUACUAAACUUACGUCAGUGGAAACUAAUCCAAAAAUUGCCACUGUAAGACCAAGACCUACUUACAGCUACCGUGAUGCAAUGAAAGAAAAGCAGAAUGAGAGACAAAAGCAACGACAAGAAAUCUUACAGAUAGACAAAAUCAGUGAGCCAGAGUUUAUGAACAAUCCUCUGGCCUCUGAUUCAGAAACUGAUUCUGAAAAUGAAACUUGCCAAGAUGCUGAAGAGAAAGAUGAUAGAAUGGAAACACAGUCAUACAAACUUGUCUUGCGUAAAGAUACUACUCUCAGCUCAGGAUUUAAUGUUUUACCAAUAUCAGGACCUACUGCACCAUUACCUGCUCCAGAGGUUAAAGAGUUGAGAAUAAAGGCAAAAGUUUCAGUGGGUCCAAAGAGAAAAAAAAAUAAAAAUCAUGAUCCAGAAAAGGAUCUUAUAUUUGUCAACAAAGAUACUAAUAGUGACCUAUAUGUAAAUGAGCAGUUACCUAACUUCUCAAUAAAUCCCAUGCAUAAUCCUGCAGAUGAUCCCGCAAUGUUUGAAAGACCCAAGACUUGCAGCACCGAGCCAUAUAUUGUAUUUGAGCUGACGUCAGAAGAUGGCUUCCACGUAGAAUCCCGCCACGUUUCGGAGGUGUGGCAGAAGGUAUUUGAUGCUGUCGCUGCAGCAAGAGCAAGUAUGCGAGUUGAUUCCAAGAUGCCAACCAACUUGCAACAGUCUGGAGGGGCAAUGUCAGGACUUCACAUGCUGGGCCUAACACACAAUGCUGUUCAGUAUCUUCUUGAACAAUUACCUGGGGCAAAGGACUGUCACAAGUAUUCAUUCCAGGUUAUUCGCUCCAGUCUUUGUGACAUGCGUGAGAAGGAUUAUGAAUCCAAAGGCAUUGGCUGCUAUAUGUUCCGCAUUGACGAUGACAUAGUGAUUGAUGCUACCAUGCAUGGCAAUGCUGCAAGAUUUAUUAAUCAUUCAUGUGAUCGGCUUCCAGUCUUGUGGAAGAAAGCUGAUGGCCUGCAUAUGAGAGAAUGGGUCUGAGUGAUCUGUGUGUGCAGUAUAAAAAAAAAUCCAGCAGCACGCAGUGCAUAAUAAGG